GUAGUUACGUGGUGUUCGUAUACGUAUAUUCGAUUUUUAGUGCCAAUUAAUAAUUUUAAAAAGUUACAAUACCUUGAAAACUGCUGAAAUAUUAAAAACAAACGUGAUAUUGAAAGGAAAAGCAGUCUUGUUCUGACACGCUAAGGAUUGUACGAUUUUUUUAGAAAGGAAAAGUGGUGUGUGGUUCAAAGUUGGACUCUAGGAUCCUUUGUUUUUGGAACCCAAGUGAAAAAACAGGGUAACAAGGACUUGCAGACUUGAGUGAAAAAGAAGAUACCUUCAACCUUCUAAUUGGUCGAAUUACCUUGAUUCUGGGAAACCAAGGACGUUUUCGAUGUAACAAUGAAGUAAAAUACGAGAAAAUGCAUUUAGCAAGUUUAGACACAGACGUGAGCAGAACAGUGGGCUAUGUGGAACACGCGUCUCCAGUGAUUCGAUCUAUGGACAAAUACAUCUACCGCCGGAUAGGGGGGAACGCCACAAUAUUCCUAUUGCUAGCGUUCAAUGGUUUAGUGACACUCAUUUCUAUGCUGACGUAUAUUCCUCGACAUCCUGAGCUGGCAAUACUUCGCGUCCUUUUCUUCAGAUAUGCUACCAUUUGGAACGUGAUAAUCCUGCUCAUGUACAGCGCUCUAGGGUUUGUGUGCGACUUCUCCAUAGUCCAGAGAGAAGAAAAUAAAGUCCCUUCGAAGAUCAGAGAGCUGAGGUACAAAGUAUUCCACCAGCUCGUGUUUCCGUGUUGUGUGGGAAUAUUUUUCACAUUUUGGCCUCUAUACUGCAUAGAUAGAGAGCUUAUUUUCCCAUCCAUCAACGACACCAUAAUUUCUAAACUGCAGAACAUUAUAGUCCAUGGGUUUACACUGCUAUACGUUUGUUGGGAAAUGGCGUUUUUACCCAACAUUCUACGGAAAAAGGAGGUUAAUGUUUUGCCCAUUAUAAUGGUGAACACGGCGUACUUUAUCAACGUCCUGUACACAAAGUACGUGGAGCCUGGCAUUUGGUUGUAUGCAAUAUUAGAACACAUUGAAGGCGGUAUUCCGAUACUAUUGCUGUUUUUCUUCUGGAUAGUUUUACCUAUUUUAACGUUUCAUGCUCAGUGGACCGUGAAAAAUGUUUUGUAUAGGAUCAGGGACUAUUAUUUGGAAGUUUGA